AUGGUGGCACUCAAAGAAGUCCGCUCGGCCAACUCCGCCCUGGACGAGACAGCAAGCAAGAAAACAGCCGUCUUCAUCGGCGCGACGAAUCUCCAAGGAAUCGGCUACGCCACCCUCCAAGCCUUCGCCAAACACACCUCCGCCCCCAGAGCCAUAAUCAUAGGCCGGAACGCCUCGUCUUUCGCUCCAGGUCUCGCGCAGCUAAGACAAUUCAACCCGAGAGGUCGAUUCACUUUCCUCGACGCGGACGUCAGUCUUCUCAAAUCCAUCGGUGCCAUCUGCGAGGACAUCAAGUCCGAGCUUGGAGACCAGAAGCUAGAUCUCCUGUACCUCUCGCAAGGCUCACUACCAUUUGCCGGCCGCAAGGAGAAUUCCGAAGGACUAGAUACCACGAACGCUGUACGAUACUACGGCCGGGUGCGAUUCACCCAGAACCUCAUAUCCGUUAUGAGCUCCCACGCUCGAGUGAUCAGCAUAAUGGGCGGUACCCAAGAAGGUAAGAUGCUCGAACACGAUCUCGAGCUCUCCCGGCCUGGAAACUACAGCCUCACGCAGUCGAACAACCAGAUCGCGAGCAUGAUGACCCUCUCCUUCGACCACCUGGCCAAGGAGAACCCGGACAAAUCCUUCAUCCACGUCUUUCCCGGCCUGGUGUCAAGUGGAAUCUUGGCUCGGAGCGCGACGGGGAUCUUGAACGUGCUGUUUGCGUGGGUCGUGGAGCCCAUGUUGGGAUUGUUUGUGGCGAAGGCUGAUGGUGUUGGGGAGAGGAUGUUUUAUUAUGGGACGAGUGCUGUGUUUGCUGAGGGAAGCUGGGCGUUGGAUGAGGCGGGUGUGAGUAAGGAGGUUGAUGUGCUGAAGGAGUAUAGAGCUGGUGGGUGGGCAGGGAAGAUUUGGGAGCAUAAUUUGUCUGUUUUUGAAAGGGUGGUGUCGAAGUAG